GUGCCUUGCCUUGCUCGAUUCUCUGAAAACAGAAUCACGCGCAAAAACCUCGUUAUUUCCCAUCUGCAAGUUAAACACAUCCUGGAAUUUCUCAUAUGUGGAUCCUCGCUUGAGAUCGGAACAGCAUUUGAACUAUAAACCCUAAUUUCUCUGCAACCCGCGAUGGAGAUCGAUUCGGUUGCAGCAGGCUCUUGCUCCAAGGAGAAUCAGAUGAUCUAUCAAGAGUGGUUCGAUUUCGCCGAUUCAGACAGCGAUGGCCGCAUUACUGGUAACGACGCGAUCAAAUUCUUUGCGAUGUCGAAUUUGUCUCGAGCAGAGCUGAAGCAGGUCUGGGCCAUCGCGGAUUCAAAACGACAGGGCUAUCUUGGUUUCAGAGAAUUUGUCAUUGCCAUGCAGCUAGUUUCUUUGGCACAAGCUGGACGUGAAAUAUCGCAUGAAGUUCUUAACAGUGAUGUCGACUUCAGAAAUUUGAGUCCUCCUACCAUGGAAGGUCUGGAUGUAUUAGUGGCGAAGAACAAGAAGAAGAAGCAUUCACCACAGUUGUCUGAUCCUGAUGUAAACAGUAGUACCCCUGUGCAGACAUCACUUUCGGCUGCUUGGUUUUCUUCAAAAUCUUCAAAAAAGAUUCCUAUCUCCUCUGUUACAUCUAUAAUUGAUGGGUUGAAGAGGUUAUACAUCCAAAAGCUGAAACCGCUCGAAGCCACUUAUCGCUUUAAUGAUUUUGUAUCCCCAUUGUUGACUAACAGUGAUUUCGAUGCCAAGCCUAUGGUCAUGCUUUUGGGCCAGUACUCCACGGGGAAAACGACCUUCAUUAAGCAUUUGCUUAAAACUAGUUAUCCAGGAGCGCAUAUUGGACCCGAACCAACAACGGACAGAUUUGUUGUUGUCAUGUCUGGACCUGAUGAAAGAAGCAUUCCUGGUAACACAGUUGCAGUUCAAGCAGAUAUGCCAUUCAAUGGUCUUAUAAGUUUCGGGACUGCUUUUCUGUCAAAGUUUGAAUGUUCUCAAAUGCCUCACCCUCUACUGGAGCAUAUAACGUUUGUCGACACACCAGGAGUUUUGUCGGGGGAAAAGCAACGGACACAACGAGCAUAUGAUUUCACUGGAGUUACGUCAUGGUUUGCUGCAAAGUGUGAUCUCAUUCUCCUUCUGUUUGAUCCACACAAGCUGGAUGUAAGCGAUGAGUUCAAGCGUGUUAUCUCAUCUUUGCGUGGUCAUGAUGAUAAGAUCCGUGUUGUUCUGAAUAAGGCAGACCAAGUAGACACUCAACAGCUAAUGAGGGUAUAUGGAGCCCUGAUGUGGUCACUUGGGAAAGUUCUCAACACUCCUGAAGUUGUUCGUGUUUAUAUCGGAUCCUUCAGUGAUAAACCCAUAGAUGAAGCUUUCACUGGUCCCAUUGGGAAAGAAUUGUUUGAAAAGGAGCAAGAAGACCUUCUAGCUGAUUUGAAAGACAUCCCAAAGAAAGCCUGUGAUCGUCGGAUAAAUGAAUUUGUAAAACGGGCGAGAGCUGCCAAGAUACACGCGUACAUCAUCAGCCACCUGAAAAAGGAGAUGCCGGCCUUAAUGGGCAAGGCCAAAGUGCAACAGAAACUCAUCGAUAACUUGGAAGAUGUGUUUGGCAAGGUACAGAGAGAGCAUCAUUUACCGAGAGGGGAUUUUCCGAAUGUGGAACAGUUCAGGGAGGUUCUGACAGGUUACAACAUCGACAAGUUCGAGAAGCUAAAGCCGAAACUCAUACAAGCCGUUGAUGAUAUGUUGGGUUAUGACAUUCCUGAGCUCUUGAAAAACUUCAGGAACCCUUACGAUUGAUCUCCAAAUAUGACCCAUGUUUGUUAAAAAAAGAAAAGAGCCUUUGUGUCUGUUCUGAUAGAUUUGGGGAAUUUAGGUCAUUUGAGAAUUGAGAGGCUCAUUAAAGAUUUGAUUUGUAUUCGGGCAGAUGUGUAAUGAUGAUGUAGCUUGAGGGUUGUGAUAAAUGGGGAGUUUUUUACAAUACUAUUUUUUUUUAAAAUAAAAAAAGAAACAAAAACUCAAGAAGAGGAGUAUAAGAUAAAUAUGAGUGGGUGUGUUUA